GCUUGUGAGCCUAUAUUUUACAGCUCAUGUUAAAAACGUAAACAAUUGAGUUUUUCAGUAAAAAAUUAGCAAUCUUUUGCGCGUUCGUGAUAAAAUGGGCUGCCUUUUGACACCUGUAGACUAUUGAGUCCAAGAAACAACAGUGCGCUCUUAAUUAUGAUAGCAGAUUUGCCGAAUAUUACCGUAAUAAUCCCAUUUAUGUUACUUAACAUUAACCUUAAGGCAAAGGGGUAUUUUUUCAAAGGAUCAUUCAGCUUGUGAUCUGUUAAAACGCGUCAUUCAACAACCAUCCUCGAAAAUUGUAGUCAUCGCCUUAACAAGUCUUGGUAAACUGACCCAUUCUCUGUUCUUAAUUCUCUUCUGUUUUCUUUGGUUCAAGGUUGCCUGAAAAGUGCGCUACAGUAAAGACGAUGAAUAUUUUCUUUGUUGUGUUUGCGUUCUUGGCUUGGACUGAAGCCGCACCAAGUCCUCCAAAAGUAAGUUUUGUUUUUCCUGUUCUGCUUUCCGUCCAGCUCAUUGUAUUUGCUCUCUACUUCCUCAAGGGCUGAGUUGGGUAAUGCGUGUCUUAUUUAAACAGCAAGCACCUUAUGUACAAAAAAAUGACUCUGAAGCGUAUCGUAUAUUCCUAGAAAAACUGAAGUUUUAGUUAUUACUUUGGCAGAAAACCUGUGGGGGACCAUACUUGAAAUAUUGAGCAAUCGUAAUCUUCCUUUUUAGUUCUGCAUCACUGAAUUAUCGAAAGAAAGCCUUAUCCCCACGUUUUUUUUUCCAUUAUUUUUCUUUGGUAUUUCUGUUUGUUUGUUUCUACCAAGCGUUUUUCGUCACAUGAGAGAGUUCUGUUAUGUAACUCAUGUCUUCGUUCUUGUACAUUCCGAUGACGUUUUCAUUACACAAUUUUACCAUUUCCAUCUCUUUCUGGCGUGUGCAAGUUUUUGUUGACACGUGUAUGACCUAUAUGUUAUAAUGCUAGGCUCUUGAAAGGAUUAAGGAUUCCUUCUCCAUGACAUAAUGAUGAAAGCUCUUAUCCGUCUCUAAUUAAUCACGCAGCAUGCAGUGAAUUGGACAAGAUUUUUUGACGCGAGGGGCGGGAGGGGGGGGGGGGAAGAAGGAUGGGGGCUACUUUAGCGACCCACUGGAGUUUAAGAGCAUACUGAGAUUUAGACAUACCAGGGGAGGGGGUAAGAUACAUCAUUAGACCUUCCCCUUUCCUUGGCUACUUCGUUGUUUCAUCAGCCCAGCGGUUGAGGGAAGGAUAGUAACGCCUUUUCAUCUUAACGUUUUCCAGACUAUGUGCUCGUAAGUGUAGCAGUCUUCAAGUUCUCGCUCCUUUUUUAUGAGGAAUUUUUUGGCAGCAUUUCUCGUUGCGUCCAAGUGAUGAAAACGUAUUAUCGUCCUUUAAAGAUUCCUCGGGUUCAGGGGUUUUGAAUUAUUUUAACAUAUUACUCGGGUUUCCACGUCUAAGCCUUCCAAAUGUUGAAAUAUUCGUGCACACAGCUUGGGACUUUUGAGUUGACGACAUAUCACAUCACACGGAUCUGUGCUCGUCAACUUAACUUUUAUUAUUAAGCCGUAUUUCAGUCGGCGUAAAAUACAAAAUUGCCCUCCUCUGAGGGUCAUGAGUUCAAACGUUACGGGGGAUUUUAGAGAUACCAAUGUGUGCUGUUUGUGAUCGAUGUUCUUUCCCGUUUGUUUUUCAGUGUGGCAAAAUUCGCGGUCGCAAUUGUAGUGAAGACAGCGAUUGCGCAUGUCUUAACCGUCACAACAAAAGUUCCUUGAUAUGUAAUACCCGAUUUCGAUGCGAGAAGCAAGAAUUUAGGGACACACUCCAGAGGAUGCAGCCAGUAAGUUGCAUUGGUUAACUGUUUAACGAUAACUUUACAACACUGAAAGAUCUUUCUGAUACCGUGAAAGGAAUCUGCGGUGAUAGAACAGAGUCUGAAUUCAUAGAAAUAUUAUGUAAUUUCCAAAGAUAAUGAUGAACAGCUUAUUCUCGACUUUCCCAUUCUCCAGCUGUCAUCUCAUUCUAAGGUUAUGUUAUAAAUAAACCGCCCUCAGUUUGAGAACAACUUCCGACGAUCUUUCUAGAAUUAUUUUGAGGAGGUCCUUGGGGAUUGGGUUGACUUUGAGAGGGCAUUAGAGUACUUUAGUUGACAGGAAAUUUCUUAAAAUAAACGACUUCCUUGGUGAUUUGUUGUAUACUAAACAGAACCAAUUAUUUUUCAGUGCCACCGUAUCUACAAGAAUUUUUGUGAAGUUGACACCGAUUGUCCAUGCGACGAAGCACGACUUAUCUGUGAGGAUCACGAAUGCGUGAAAAAGAAAAGAAAACCAAGGCCACAGAUAAACUUAGAUCGUCUCCUCUCUAUGUUGUUGCCAAGAACAAGUAACGGUACGCAAAGCUCUCCGCGUCGUAAGAGAAGACGUUUACCGAGACACGGACUCUUCAAGACGAUUUAGCAGCUUUGUUAUUCCAUGCGAUGUUCGGCACAACCCUUGGUAUGGCGUAGGGUGAUCAUCCCCUCCCUGCUUUAGAGCGCAUUUCGAUUGAAAUGUGUCGUCAGACCGAAAACAGAGGAACCACUAAGGCCAGUCUCAGAAAAAAGGAAAAUACUGCGCCACAAGGAGCCCAUGUGAACUCAUGUGCCAGGAGUGUUGGAUAUCACGUGUCAUCACAUGACUAAUGGUGUUACGUAGCGUCUGAUUGGUGGAGAAAGUGAUACGAUAUUUCUUGACCAAUCACAGAAGGAAGCAAAGUUAACUCAAGAAAUCCCUGAUUUCGUUAGACACUCGAUUUAUAAUCGCGCUUCUGUACAGCUAUUUAUGUGUAAAGUUAAGUUGGUUUUUUUCGUAUAUAUAUGGAAGAAAAUUAUUACGUUGCUCUUUAACCCUUUAACUCCCAAGAUUGUUAAUUUCUCCUCUUGGCUGCUACACAGUUCCUUGUAAUUAAUUUACAGGAAUUUGGUGUCAGAUAAAGAUAAAAACUUAAACCUGAUAAGUUUGAAGCUUCUCAUUACUUGUUUGCUGGAUAAUGUAUGGAUAUUAUAGGGAGAAAUUAUAUGUUAAUCACUUCUGAGAGUUAAAGGGUAACACUACUUUCCUCUGGCUUCUAUUUCGGAGGAAAGAAAUUUAAGGUAAAUAGAAGAAAAUAAUAUGAAAAGAACUUUUAUAGUGCCUUUUUAAUGAAAAAAAAAAGUACUGCUCACUCAAGUGUGUAUAUUUUGUAACACUCUCUAGAUGUAAAUAAUUAAAUAAGUUUACAUAAGCACGGCACUGUGGCGAGUGGCGAGUGGCGAGAAGAGAAUCUGGUUGAACAUUUCUUUUGCCCAUAAGCUGCUCUUUUGAACAGAUUUUAUUUAGCUUGAAAAGUAGGUGAUGGGAACACACUUAAAAUAAAACGAGAUUUCAAGACCGCGAAAGCUGAACCUUGAGCGCACAAUCCGCUUAACUCAGUCGCAAGAUGACAGACAACCCACACGACUUAAAUAAAUUCACUGAAUUCG